AAUGGACACCACACACUGAUGAUCCGUGUGAAGUACAUAAAACUCUUUCACCCAAUUGUAUAUAUGUUACUGCUAAACUAAUACGACCUGCAGCUUCAUCUAUAAUUAUUGUAAAUGAAAAUUCAACAAGUACAACGUCAAAUAUGAAUUCAUCAACAGCAACUGGUCUCGAUCCAUUAAGAUCUACUGAGAUUGUAUUUACAGCUACAUACGAUCCUGCUUAUAACGAAAUACCAAAACGUCAUGCAUCAUUUAGCCUCUGGCCAACGGAGAAUUUACCAUCUGUCGAUGAUUUAGUUCGAGCAGGAUUUUUUUAUACUGGUACUAAAACUAUUGUGACUUGUUUUUAUUGUAAUGGAUCAUUACAAAAUUGGGGUCCAAAUGAUAAUCCAAUGAUUGAACAUGCUCGAUGGUUUCCACACUGUGCAUAUGCUAAACAACUUUGUGGUGAUGAUCUAUAUCGAAAAAUUCAAGAAUCAAAACGAGCCCAACAAGAAUGCGCUAGUACAAUAGACAACAGACAGUUACCAAUAUCUGAUGAAAGUACUCUAUCUGACCUUGUUAAACAGCGACUAGAUCUACCAAUUUCACGACGUUUAUUAGAUCAAAAAUUUGCAUUAUCUAUUAUCAAGCGAUGUUGGGAAGAUCAAUUACAAUUAAAACAAGAUGAUUUUAUAUCAGAGUGUGAUUUAUAUAUUGCUUGUUUAAUUCUUCAAAAACAAUACGAACAUAUUGAUGGUAAAAAAGAAAACAUUGUUAUACCAAGUAUAAGAAUGAAACAAAUCAGAAAACAGAAUGAAAUGCGUACUCAAGAACAAACAUUAGCGACAACUCAGUCGAUGACGAAUUCUACUGAUGCUGAUAUGACUACAUCAUCUCCAUCAUCAACAAAUGAUUCUAUAUCUUCACAAUCUUCAGUUGAUUCCACAACAAAAUCAAUAACACCUGCAAAUCAAAGCGAUAUAAAACCAGAUAAAUCAAUAUCUUCAACUAACACUGAACAGGAUCAAUCAGCUAAUUCAGCAUUAUCAAGUCCUUGUGUCCUUUGUUUAACAGAAGAGAAAACAUUAGCUUGCACACUUUUGGGACAAUUAGCAACAUGCGUACGAUGUGGUCACUUAGCAACAUUUUAA